CGCUAUGCUUCAGUGCGAGAGGACCCGGGUUCACGCCCGUCCUCCGCCUGUGUGUGGAUUGCCUCACCCUGUGUGAUGCGCCUGCCUGCGGGAACCGAGAUCGUUACAUAGGCAUUCCUGCGUCUUCCCUCCUACAGCAUUCAGAGACACUUCAUUAUCUCGCCAAUUAAUCAAUAAGUUCAUAAAAUUCUUAAAUUAAUCAGGUGGACUAACAUCGCAGUCGACUGGCGUCACCUAAUCAAUGAAGAAGUCGGUUUUCUGGAGAACUGUGCGAGGAGGAGUGGGAUCACAUGGGACUCACAGAGCAGGCGAAUACACAUUCUGGAGGACGCUAAGAAAAAAGAUCCCGCAAGUAUUGCAUGCAAGACAUGAAUAUAUUAUUGGCCACACUGCAAAGGCUGACUGAUUUAAACAACCCUGGCAGUUGCAAGGCGUGGGUGUGUGCAAUAUAAGGAGCAAGAGGAAAAAGAUUAAACAUAGUAUGUUACACCGGUAAUAACACUUCGGUCAUGAAAUGUUUCUGAUAUGUAGCAAAUAUUCGCUUCUUGUUUAAUUAAAUCGUCUGCUUUGAAGUCUGCAAGUCUGUGGAAACCUGCUAUUCUAAAAAAAUGUAACAAAUGUAGCGGCGUAGAGCAAAACCUGUGGUUAGUUUCCUUGCUGCAUAUUCAGAAUGUGCUGCAUGUGGAUACCACUGUAGGAUUCGUCUCCAGUGAAACGUCAGCGGCUGUUAUGUUAUUCAUGGUUAAACUAUCUUUAAGUAACUAUGGGGCUCUUAUCACAUCGGUCCAACAGCAGAAUAUAACCGUGUUUCUUGUGAAGGCAACUUAAAAACAGUUCGAAAAAUACAUAGCUGUUUUAUGUACGGAGGAAACAUGGGAAACACAGAAGAGCGGCUGAACAGCAGUAUGGACGAAGAGAAGUACAGGACACUGGCGUACGACACGGCGUUAAGUACUUUACUUGCAGUUGUGGUAUACGUGGUGGUGAAAGUGAGUUUGGAUGGAAUUAGGCAGUGGAGGGCACGAAUCUCGGUUCUGGUCGUGGGUUCUGGUCCGGUAGGGCUGACUGCUGCCUUAGUCGCUGUCCGCUCUGGGAAGGUGCUGAAACUGACUGUACUGGACGAACGCUAUCGGACUGCUCUGCUGUGCAGACCCCAACAAAUCGCUUUGGACCCCCGGAGCGUGAAGUUUCUACUCCACCUGGGUGUUGAUUUUGACAACAUGGAAGGCUGCUGGCACAAUGACCACUUCUUCACCAAGAUCGGGGUGUUUCAAGAAUAUCUUUUGAGCAUUUUGGAGCACAAAAAACAGAAGGUCGAUAUCAAGAUUAACCUGGGCACAAAGUUCACUGAAGAUUAUCUAAAGAAGAUCCCAGCGCAGGACUGGCCCCGGAUUAUCGUUGUGGCAGAUGGAUCUUGCGGAGAAUCCUGCUCUGUUCUCGGGAUCAGCUCAGACUACAUUGUAGAAUCAUGUAAUGCCUACGGAGCCAAUGCAGCCAUAGAGAGACUUGACCAGAGACAGGUUCCCACCCCUGAGAUACGGGCUCACAGUUUGUAUUUUGAUCUCUCUGCCUAUGGGGUUGACCUGUUUGCUGGAGGGAAAGACUCGCAGAACUCGCAACAGGCACCGGUGAAGCCAGGAUUCCAUCUAAAAAUCUAUGGAACAUUCCGCAAUCGAUACAUGGCAUUAGCUUGUCCCGCAUCCGACUCCAGGGUGGUCCGCUUCCUACGUCACACUGCAAACUCAUCGAUCAUGAAGAACAUAUUCCACCAGUCUUUCAACGCAUACAAGACAGACAUUGAGGCCAGAGUGAACGACCUGACGCUGCAUCACCUGCAGUGCAGCCGCAGGCUCUUUGAGAUCAUGCUGUCUCACAGGAGGAUCAAUGCAGCGUACAUCGAGGGUGACAAUGUUGCAGUUACAAUCGAGGGAGAGGCAGUCAGGGUGUUGAAUUUCGACACAGGCUGUGGUGUAAACUUGGGCUUGAGAGGACUUGAGUCCCUGGAGACAUUUAUUUACAGAACCGCCACUGCCUUGGACCAGAACGACGUGUUUGAGGCGCUUUCUGCAAAAAUACAGCAUUCCAAACAGGUGGCAGAAAACUUCAGACAGACUGGACUCGUCAUAACAAUGUUUGAAUAACGAGGGAACGAGGAACCGCUUCACAAGGUUGCUGGGGAAGUUGUCUACUGAAGAAAGAUCACUGAGUUACAGACACUAAAAGCACUGUGGCUGCAAGGGAUCACUGUAAUGUCAAUUAAGGAAGAGCCCCUUUAUAUCAGUGUUUACAGAGGCAGGCUGUAUUGUUCGAAGUACAGAUAUCAUCACUUGUAGAUGACUUGUUAAUAAAACACAUUUUAUUCCUGUUAAAA